CGGCCAAAUCCUACAGCAUAAAAGAAUUUCCAUACUUUCGGCUGCAACCUGCUCAACUCGGUCCUGGCGGAAGCGGGAUCAUAUACACGCCACAUACAAGCCGCACGCAUACAUGAGUGUUCGGAUGAACUUGAUGAGCCGGCGGUCUUGAGGUAAGCAUUCCUACUAUGUUAGUAUCAUGACAGCUUUCGGUGAUGGUACACUUGACAUCAGGAGACAAAUGGAUGGUUUCAGCUGUAAGAUCAUCGAAAAGUAGAUAGACAAGUAGACAUAUAAAGAGACAUGUCAUCGACCUGUAUUUUCACAGCAUUCCAAGUUCAGCCGACAAAAGUACCAUCUAAAUACUUGAAACAACCAUCCAUAUCCACGAAAACACCGCAACCAUGACCGUCACAGCCCUCCCCGCCAAGCUCGCCGGCGAGCCCCUCAGCGACCGCGAGGCCGUCGCCGACAUCUGCUACGCAUCCUUCGCGGCCCUCGACCACGGUGACGAGCAGCUGCUGCGCUCCGUCGUGACGCCGGACAUCCACACCUUCAUUGCGAACAAGACGAACAACAGCGCGGACGAGCUGAAGGCCAACGUGUUCGACCACGUGGGCACCAAGCUCGACACGGUCCACUACCUGACCAACAUGCGCGUCAGCGUUGACACGCCCACCACCGCGCGCGUCACCUUCGUUGCCCAGGCCGUCCACUGCCGCUCUGGCAAGGGCAACGAGCCCGGUCCCAACAAGUACACCACCGGCGCCCACUACCUCUGCUCUGCCGUCAAGGCUGACGGUGUCUGGCGCCUCAAGGACAUGGAGUCGAACCAUGUCUGGUCUGAGGGUGAUCGCGCCGUCAUGAAGGGUGCGUAAAACACACAUGGGACUAUUGGCGCUGAAAUGGGUAUUAAAUUGGGAGAUUGGAGGCACGGAUUUUGCAGUUAUCACUUGGGUUUAGUUCAGGUUAGGUCCCUAAGUUUACUACCUAAACGCUGCUCAAGUUUAUAAAGUUGCGAAGGCAUUCACUGUAACUUCGUUCUUUGAUAUAUGUGAUAGGUAGCUGCAUUUCUAGUGAUGGAAUUGAUGAGCUGCUUCAUCACUGCUGAAACUUGUGGUCAACUAACUCAGCGAAUAUCCAACGGGCGUAAGAAACCUUGGAACCUAUGUUUUAAUGGCCCGACUGUCUUAAAUAACUAGCUUAAGUCAGGUUGGUUGUUGACAGAUGUAUUGAUA